GUUUGAGUUCAUAUAAACGUAUAGUUCAGAUGAAUGUGGCUCUCUCUCCCUCUCUCACACAAUAUCUCUCUCUCUCAAACAUACAGUGCAUUGUACCAUGAGAAUUUGAAUGUCGGUAAUUAGAUUCCGUGGUCCUUAUCUUCAAAUGUGCUCACAGUUUAUUGGGGGGACAAUCCCAUUGGAAAGCAGAAAGGGAUCUGUCAAAAGUAUAGAAAAGGAAAAGUAUAGGGGUGAAGAGAAAAAAAAUGAAAUGUCCGUACAAAACAGAAAACCCAAUUGAAUACGUCAAGCCUCAUGAACAGGUCCCCUUCGAUUACUCAAUAUAGUAAUUUCCAAGGUCCCAAUCGACCACCAUUUCCUUGUCUCUGUACUCGCAUUGAAAUUCUCGAAGUAGGGUUUGUCCUGUUAUCCACCUCUGUUUCUCUCUCUCUCUCUCUGCUUCUUUCUGCAGGUCUUGAAAAGAUCCAAUUCUGGGUACUAAAUGGCUUCCUCUGCAACUUAUUUCUUCAAGUCCUGAAAAACCAAAUUAUGGGGGCUGAAAUGGCUUCCUCAGCAAUGACAGUAGCUGCACUAAUUUUCUCUCUCUUCUCUUUGUCCAACUCAAUCAACACUCUCCCUCUCUCCUCCCAUUAUAGGUCAAUUGGAAGACCAUCCCCUCCCUUCCCUUCCCUUCUUCUCUUAUUAAACCUGAACUUUUGAGGCCAACUAUUAGCUAUUCAAGUGAGAAGGUCUAUUAUGAGAUUAAGUAUUUUACACAGACAUUCGAUCAUUUCAACUAUGUUCCAUGGGGCAAUGAAACUUUUCAGCAGAGGUAUCUCAUUAAUUCUAAGUACUGGGGUGGCCCCAUAGACAAGGCUCCAAUCUUUGUGUACACAGGAAAUGAAGGGGACAUCGAAUGGUUUGCACAGAAUACAGGCUUCAUGUUUGAUAAUGCCCCUUAUUUCAAAGCCCUCUUAGUUUUCAUUGAGCAUAGAUAUUAUGGGGAGUCUAUACCUUAUGGGAGUGAGGAGAUUGCUUAUAAGAAUGUUACCACCCAUGGGUAUCUGAGUUCGGCUCAGGCGUCGGCUGAUUACGCGAUGUUGAUCAUUGAUCUCAAGAAGAAUUUGUCUGCCAAAGACUCUCCAGUUGUGGUCAUGGGUGGUUCUUAUGGUGGAAUGUUGGCUACAUGGUUCAGGUUAAAAUAUCCACACGUCUGCAUUGGAGCUUUGGCAUCUUCCGCUCCAAUUCUAAACUUCGCAGACAUUACCUCUCCCUAUUCCUUCAAUAACAUCGUCACCGAAGAUUUCAGGAGCGAGAGCGAGAACUGUUACAAGGUGAUAAAGAAUUCAUGGCAGAAAAUUCAAGAAACCGCACAGCAGCCAGGGGGACUUGAAGAGCUUAGAAAGUCUUUCAGAAUCUGCCCGAAUUAGAUUAGCGAAGAUUCGUUGACAAAUUGGUUGGAAAGGGCGUUCAUAUACACGGCCAUGACUGACUAUCCUGUUCCCUCUAGCUUUCUUGCACCCCUACCUGCUUUUCCCAUUAAACAAGUAUGUUACUUUACCCAACUUUUUCUCUCCGGACUUUUCGUUCGAGGUCUUUUUCGAACCCUAGUUCAAUGAACAAUGAAAAGGUGUUAUCAUGAUCGAACC